ACACAGGCUUCCAAGGCUUCCGCGGAAAAGCUUGGAGGUAAUGGCUGUCGUAAAUGCUAGUUAUUUUCAAGGAGUUCUCGAAGAUUUGGAAUAAAGCCAAGCCCCAGGAAAGACAAUGAAGCCACAGAAGUGAAGAGCGGGAUAGAGACUCUGCUGGACAAGCAGUUGGAGUGAGAAUCAAGACAGCUGGACCACAGGACCAGACCCACCAGGAUCCACCUGACAGUGGGCCCCCUGCUAGUCCCGUCACUGGGAAGGGGCGGAGCGUCGUCGGAGCCGCUUCGAAGGGAGCUGUACCCGGCCAGUCUUGGGGGAGGGGUAGCAUUUCACGAGGCUGCAGCUGACGAGAAGCUUCAAGCCUGGGUUAAUAUCUGAGAUGCACAUGACCUGGGCAAUCUGCAUGUGAUGCCAGCUGAGCCCCAGAAAAACAGUGCAACCCAGAAGUGCCUAGCUGGAUAAAGGACCUGCUGGACAAGCAGUUGGAGUGAGAAUCAAGACAGCUGGACCACAGGACCAGACCCAUCAGGAUCCACGUGACAGUGGUAUCUUCCAGUAUCGUCCUAUUCAAACAACGUGUUCAAGCAUCCUUGGAAAAUUGAGGUGGAGAAAAGGUCAGCAGUAAACCUUUUCUAGUCAUAAGACAAAAGAGACUUUGUUAAGAGUAUUGUUUUGGGUAGGACUUGCGUUAGCAGUGACAAAGACAGACAGCCACCUCAACCUUUGGUAAUAACCCUUGGCACACAAAAUAAAUCAUAAUGGAGUCUGAAUAUGUCCUGUGCAAGUGGAAAGACCAGUUAUGGCCAGCAAAAGUUUUGUCCAGUUCUGAAACUUCAUCAAACAGUAAGAGAAAAAAGACACUUUCUCUAGAAGUUCAAAUACUCUCACUAAAUGAAAAAAUUAAUGUAGACAGCAUGGAAACAAAGAUCCUAAAUAAAUCUCAAAUUGAAGCCAUUGCCACCUCAUUAGCACUACAGUCAGAGGCCAGUGCUCCACCUACAGAGGAAACUGCCUAUGGAAGAUCACUAAAAGUGGCUCUGGAUAUUCUAAAUGAGGGAACAAAUUUGAGUCAAGCAAGCACUUCAGAUGAAGAGGAGACCACUAUGCUGUCUCAAAAUGUAUCACAAAAAGUGUCCGAUUCACCCCCUCAUAAAAAAUAUCGGAAGGAUGAAGGCAACUUACAAGAGUGUCUUGAGGAAAGUGAAAACUCAGCAUGCUUGUUGGCAUCUUCAGAAAGUGAUGAUUCCCUGUAUGAUGUUAAAUCGCAAGAGCACACAAUGGUCAGUACUAUUCCAAGUGAAAUGGAAACAAAGUCAUUAGAAAACUCUAGCUGCUGUGAGACUUUCUCUUCACUUUCAGAAGAUAAUGAUGAAAAAGAGGACAAGGAUAAGAUUGAUAUUUCAGCAGUUAUGUCUGUGCAUUCUGUAGUCAAAGGGGAAAGUGAGUGUGUUAAAGAUGAAAAGUGUGUACCACUUUUGCCAUCAGAUAUCCUUACUGUGCCCAAAGCUUUGAAAGAAGAGAGCCAGGAUACCUGCCGAGAGACCCUGGCUGUUCCCUCUGAGUGCUCUACCUUCUCAGAAAAUAUUGAGGAUCCUGGAGAGGGUCCCUCAAAUCCAUGCUUAGGUACCAGCCAGAAUCAACCUUCUGUGGAAUCAGAGAUGGAGGCUGCAGCAUGCCCCGAGAGUUGUUCAUGGGAAUGCCAGGUUUCACUUAAUGCCUCUAACCUUGUCUUGGAUUAUUCACUUCUUAGGAAUAGUGAAAGAAAUUUUCAGAGACUGGAUUUUGAAGAACUUGAGGAAGAAGGUCAAGCCUCAAGUCGCAUUAAUCUUUCUCUAUUAGAUGAUGAUGAGGAAGAAGAAGAACUUCCACGCUUCAUUUUACAUUAUGAGACACGUCCAUUUGAAACAGGAAUGAUAGUCUGGUUUAAAUAUCAGAAAUAUCCAUUUUGGCCAGCAGUGAUAAAAAGUAUCAGACGAAAAGAGAGGAAAGCAAGUGUGCUUUUUGUUGAGGCAAACAUGAAUUCUGAAAAGAAAGGCAUUAGAGUAAAUUUUAGAAGAUUGAAGAAAUUUGAUUGUAAAGAGAAACAAGCACUAGUGGACAAAGCCAGGAAGGAUUAUAGUGAAAGUAUUGACUGGUGCAUCUCACUGAUUUGUGACUACAGAGUUAGAAUAGGUUGUGGUUCUUUCACAGGCUCUUUGCUUGAGUAUUUUGCUGCUGAUAUUAGUUACCCAGUUAGGAAAGAAAUCAAACAGGAUACUUUCAGGAACAAAUUUCCUAAACUGCAUAAUGAAGAUGCCAGGGAACGGUUGGCUGUGACUUCCCAGACCAAGAAAAUGUCCUUCCAGAAAAUUCUCCCUGACCGGAUGAAGUCUGCUCGGGUCCGAGCCAAUAAGAACCUAGUGGACUUCAUUGUGAAUGAAAAGGGAACAGAGGACCAUCUUCUGGCCAUUGUAAAUGGCACAAAAGGAUCCAGAUGGCUGAAAUCAUUUUUGAAUGCAAGCAGGUUCACACCCUGUAUUGAAACAUACUUUGAGGAUGAAGAUCAGUUGGAUGCGGUGGUGAAAUAUUUACAAGAAGUCUACAGUCAGAUAGAGCAAAGAAUGCCAACUUGGAUAAAAGAUGAUAAAAUUAAAUUUAUUCUAGAAGUUCUUCUGCCAGAAGCAAUUAUUUGUUCAAUUUCUGUUGUUGAUGGGUUAGAUUACAAGGCAGCAGAAGCAAAGUAUCUAAAAGGACCAUGUCUAGGCUACAGGGAAAGAGAAUUAUUUGAUGCAAAAAUCAUAUAUGGAAAGAGACGAAAACCACCAGCAAAUCAAGCUCAUUAAAUGUGCUGAAAGUUGAAACCAUGACAGGAAGCUCUCAUAGAUACUAGUUUUAAAAAAAAGUCU